UUUUGGCUACUAUAUUCCAAAUCCAUUUGCCUACUUCAACUUUGGGGGACUCCAUUUUUCUUUGAUCAAUAUAAACCUAUCUGGGUAUUUCUCAGAUUUCCUAAAUCUCUAUGAAUCCGAUUCUGGGUCUUCUCCAAAUUCACUAAUUUUCCAUACCCAGAUUUCCUUUUACAAUUCUCUUUGAAAUUUCGUUGUCAAAAAAUGAUGGGAUUCUAUUAAUAUAUCAGGGUUUUCGAAGUUUUUUUUUUCAUUUCUCUCAAAGAAAAAAUGACAAGUGCGACCUUUUCAUCAAGUUUAUUGGGGCCGUUCCCUGUAGUUACAUCAACUAGGCAUUGUGAUUUGGGUAAAGAAAGGAACAAAUUUUGUUGUUUCAAUGAGAAAAAGGGGCAAAGAAAUGUUAUCUGUGCUUGUAUGGCUCCUCCUACUAGAAACCUGGGACGUGAUGAAUUCCAUGGAACUAAAUUUACUGAAUCAUCCAAAUAUGGGAAUUUCAGCAAGGAAGUGAAGCAUGAGAAUGAUUCUGAUGUUCUCAUUGAAUGUCGAAAUGUUUACAAAUCAUUUGGAGAAAAACAUAUCUUGCGAGGUGUGAGCUUCAAGAUUAGGCAUGGUGAAGCUGUUGGAAUUAUUGGUCCUUCCGGCACUGGGAAAUCUACGAUUCUGAAGAUUAUUGCUGGACUUCUUGCACCAGACAAGGGAGAGGUAUAUAUUCGAGGCAAAAAGAGAAUGGGUUUGAUUGGUGAUGAUGAGAUAUCUGGUCUUCGAAUUGGAUUGGUUUUUCAGAGUGCAGCACUUUUUGAUUCUUUGACCGUUCGUGAAAAUGUUGGUUUCCUUUUAUACGAAAAUUCAUGCAUGUCUGAUGAACAAAUUUCACAGCUCGUGACGGAGACCUUGGCUGCUGUUGGUUUAAAGGGAGUUGAAGAAAGAUUACCUUCUGAGUUGUCCGGAGGAAUGAAGAAAAGAGUUGCUUUAGCUCGUUCUAUAAUUUGUGACAUCUCCAAAGAAUCAAUUGAGCCGGAGGUGCUUUUAUAUGACGAACCAACAGCUGGGCUCGAUCCAAUUGCAUCGACCGUUGUUGAAGAUCUCAUCCGCUCUGUCCAUACAAAGGGUGAAGAUGCAUCGGGGAAACAAGGGAAGAUUGCAUCUUAUGUGGUUGUUACUCAUCAACAUAGUACCAUUCUAAGAGCUGUUGACAGGUUAUUGUUUCUUCAUGAGGGGAAGGUUGUUUGGCAAGGAAUGACCGAAGAAUUUACAACGUCGACAAAUCCAAUUGUUAGACAGUUUGCAUCUGGGAAUCUGGAUGGUCCAAUCAGAUAUUAGAGGCACAUAUAUACGAAGGUUUCAAAAGAUCAAAUCUGGUCAUUGAAUUUCUUUUUAGCUAGGAUUCUCAGGAAAAUUAAGUAAAAAAUGUCAAUUUUCAAUGUUUGGCAUUGUAUUUGCAGGUCAAUGUUGUUUUAGAUCAGUGUAGCUCUUUUCUUUUGGGGAGUUGGUUACCUUUGCUAUUAUCUUUGCAAGUGUUCUUUCCUGUAAAAAGACUUUAUUUUCUACAACAGAAAUUAAAAAAUCCUGCACUCUGAGAACAUACCAUUUUUUAAGUGUAAAAUGACAAUUAUUGGAUGCAAAGAAAUAAUCAAAGACAAAUCCGAAGCUUAAUUUA